AUGAGCGCUGAGUCGACCAAAGCGCUCGCCGAGCAAGGCGCCGCUCCCCUCAACUUCAUCUAUGCCUGUUCGCUAUGUUGUGCCACCUUUGCUGAUGUGUACGAAGGCUACAACGACUCAGUCCAAGGCCUUUCCGACGGAAUCAACCCCAAGGAGCGGCUCGUAACGAAACUUUAUCUUGCCACGUGCUGCCAUGUGUUGUGCAGCAGCCAUCUCGAAGGUGGGGGACCGCCGUUCCACCCUGCAGGCCAGCGACCCAGGGCGCCAUGUCCAGUCUGCAUCAAGGAAAAAGCCGACCGCGAAGUCCGCGAGCUCUACUCGGUCCGUGGCUUCAACAAGGAUGAGUAUGACCCCCAGAUUCCACCGUCCUGGUUUACCGCGCCACCUUUCCGGUUGGACGGAAAUGGGAAGGAAAUGGAGGCCCUACGCUUCCAGUACAUCGCCCUGAUACGGUACUGCCAGAAUACACACGCAACUCGCAAAAGGAUGCAGAAUGCCCUCGUCGAGGCUGAGAACAAUCUGAUCCGUGUGCAGAAUCUUGUAUCGGAGGAAUAUGCAAAAGGGUUGAGCCUGCAACAAGAGAAUCAGCAGCUACGUCGCAAACAGUCUGAUCUUGAAGGAUUGGAGAACCAGGUACAGCAGUCGCAGGUCGAAAUCGAGCAAUAUCGUAGCUUGGAUGUCAACCCCCGUGACUUAGAAACCUUCAGGGCCAAUAAGACAGCGAUUCGGCAUUACUUGAAGCUAGUCCCAAUGCUCCUGGAACAAAACGAGAAGAUGAAAAGGCGCCUAGCAUCACUUGGUUUCGCAAUGGCUCUGAAGCCUAUCACAAAUUUUCGAGAAUUGGACCCAAAUACGUUUGAUAGCGACGAAACACUUCCGGCGAGCGAUACUGCCGAUGUCGGUGUGUUGGCGCGGAAGACUGCCUCUAGCCAUACCGCUGGGAGGUCAGCUCAUACUUCAGGACGAGCCGCAACGCUUUCAUCAAGUCCUUCCAAACAACGACCCCGGAAGCGGCAGCGUCAAGAGUCACCCCAUUCCGGCCAAAUGGAAGGUGUACAUCCAACGAGCAGAGAUGCUAUGCCGCCACCUCCUAAACCCACCUCGAGGAUGCAAUCUGUGCGCAAGCUAAUUCCUAUCAUUCGGAGAAAGUACUCUUAUCAAGGUUCUACGUCUCAAAUCGAAGAUGUCAACCAAAGCUCUGGUGACAUAUUUAUGGUCGAGCACGAGCAUGGGAAUUUGCAGAAUAUUCCUUUCGGCUGUCGAGCACUAAGCAAUGGUAUUCGUGGUCAGACGCCAUACAUGUCUGGCGCGUUGCCCGUUGAUGAGCACCUUGGAGCGGCGCGUCCCAAGGACUUUCAGCUAUCCCCGCUUGUGGAUAUACAGCGAAACAGAUCAGAUCUCAAGUCCCGAGAAGCUUACCCAGUGAAGGCAAUGGAGCGAUUCAAUGACCAUGAAGUUGUACAAUUACCCACUAAGCCAUCUUAUAUCUAUCUCAUGAACGGCCUAUCGCAGCACGAUGAGGUCGAGCCGGAGUUGAAAGACCCAAGCCAGGAAGAUAUAAGGGACUAUAGUGGCGCUCAAGCGAGAAGCCAACAUUCAAACAAUCGUUCCAAGUGGCAGUUACCUGGGAUUCCAAAGAAAAAGAGAUCCUGGAAUAUCGGGCAACCGUUUCUUCCACAGUCACCUCAAAAAGCUCCUACGAGGCCCCAAAGUCAGAUGGACCCGAUAGACCAAUAUCACGCUGGCUCGAUGGAUGCUUCGGGUCACGCAGAACAUGAUCAGGUACCAGAUGAUCCGACUCUACCAGGUCCCAGGCGAUACCGGCAAUCGCCUCUUCAAGCAGAGAGUGUAGUAAGUCCAUUCUUCAAAGGGAGUCUUCACGAGGCGCGACUUCAUACCAUAUCCGGACUCGCUGAACCUCAAUGCAGUUCAAAUCGUUCCGACGCCUUUCAGUCUCAAGGGCCCAGGAUGACCGUGGGCCGUACAGAUUGGCAUGAGCCACACACCUUAAAUGGACUUUCAUUCUUUGAUUCGCCUGUAAAUACUAGAAACCAAGUCAUUCAACAGCCGUAUGCAUAUAACCCGACAGAAUCCUACAUGUCCUCACGGCACGGCGCGAGCCGCAGUGUGAACGACCAAGGUUUCAUCACUAGGCCAGACAAAGCUCAUUCGCUAUUCCCGCGCAACCGUGUGUAUGGAGCCUCCCACGAUCGAUUAGGUGAUUCUCAGCAUGCAUCUACACUUACUCAGCCAGCAACAAAACAGCCAUGUUACAAGAUGACCUCUAGUUUCUGCACAACGCGACACUAUCCUGAAAAGUUGCCGAUGGCUUCAAGUCGCUCACCCGUCCGCGUGCGACCUCAGUGGGAAUCAUUACACUGCACUGGUGUCAGGAGCAGUCGACAGUCCUUUCACAAUACUGUUGGCUACCCUGACACUGGUACCCCAAGGAAUCUUGUCUCAGAUUCUGGACGAUGCAGUGUGAGACGGUGA